CCCGUGAGGAGAAACCCCUGAGGAGACACAUACACACACACACACCCGUGAGGAGAGAUCGACCCCCGUGUGGAGACCUGGCCGUGUCUCUCCGCCCUUGGGAGGUGUCUGUGUGCCGUCCCCAUGGCAGCCGUCUACUCCGGGAUCUACCUGAAGCUGAAAAGCGGGAAAACUUCUUGGGAAGACAAACUGAAACUCGCCCAUUUCGCCUGGAUUUCUCACCAGUGCGUCCUGCCCAAUAAAGAGCAAGUAUUACUUGACUGGGUAAGCCAUACAUUGGUCUCAUACUACAAUAAGAAACUUGAACUGGAGGAUGAAGUUGUUGAGAAGCUCUGGGCAUAUUUAGACAACAUUAUCCAUAGUAGAAGACUACAGACUCUCUUAAAGAGUGGGAAGACAGUUGGUCUCAGUUUUUCAAUUGCACAGGUCAUAAACAAAAGGUUAUCAGAGGCCUGUGUUCCAAAACUGCAGCAAAACAUUGGCACAGUGCUGAGCUGCUCCAGUGGCAUCCUUUCCACUCCUUCCCUCUCCAUCAUUUACACAGCAAAGUGUGAGCUCUUGGUUGAUCUCCUCAGCCAGCUGUCCAAGCUGGCGUGUCAGCAGCUGGCUCCCGAGGAUGCCGUGGGCCCCCAGCUCUUCAGUGUCCUCCAGCUUACUUUUGCUCAGUACCUCCUGCUCCAGAGGCAGCAAACCAACCCAAAUCGUGUGUUUGGGCAAGUGACAAGUCACCUGCUGCAGCCCUGUCUGUUCCUGAGGCACUUGCUGGCUGUCAGGAACUGGACACAGGGGGACGACAGCCGCGUGCGGCAGCACCUCAGCAGGGAGAUCCGGAACCAAGUGGAAACUCUGCUGCGGGCUGGCCUAUUCCAGCCUGAGCUUUUCUCAUCCUACAAAGAGGAGCUGCUGCCAGAACAGGAACUCCAGGAGAAGAAGAAAGGAGCUUUGAAAAGCCUUUUGUUACCAGUCAACACAGUGCUGACCAAGCUGGGCAGUGACUUUUGCCAACCUGCUCUCCAUGGAGCUGUUGUGGCUGGCUCAGUGUCCCUGCUGUAUAAGCUCUUCCUGGACUCGUACUGUAAGGCAGAAAACCACCUCGUGUGUUUCCACAUGCUCAGCAGGCUUUUUGGCUGUCUCAGGCUCUCUGGCCUACAGCAGGGUGUGAUGGAGGACAUGUUGUCUCCUGCAGACUGGAGUGCAGAGCUGCUGGCUUUGGAACAGCUGCUGAGCUUGGUGCUCAGCAACGAUGUCUACAACGUUGCCAGUGACCGGAUCCGGCACAAGGAGAUACAGUUUGGAUUUUACCGCCAGCUGGCACAGGUGUUGCUGAGCCACUCCCAAGCUUCCAUCCCAGCUUGGUUCAGGUGUCUUAAACUCCUGAUGUCAUUAAACCACCUUAUAGUAGAACCAGACCUGGAUGACUUGGUGGCCUCAGCUUGGAUCGAUGCCGACGUCUCCGAGCCGCGUACGAAGAAGCCCCAGGAGGCUCUCAUCAGCUCCAUGUUUCAGACUUACUCCAAGCUAAGACAGUUCCCCAGGCUCUUUGAGGAGGUGCUGACAGUCAUUUGCCAGCCAGCUGCUGAUGAAAUGAGGCUGCCUGUCUUCUCUGCUGCCCUGACUCUGAAGCUUCGUGAGUGCCUCCUUGAACUACCUCCCAGCCAGAUUCUGGACAUUCUGUGUCUCUUUGUGGAGAAAUGCCAGACCCUUAUCAUUCCUGCUGUUGAAGGGUCAGAUGACAUGGCCUUGAAGCUCCUGUCAUUGAGCUUGGUGCUGCAUGCUUUUCUGUUCAACAUGAGGAGCCUUGAUGAUGUCACUCCUUCCCCUGUCAUCCUUCGCACUCAGAGUCUGCUGGCAAAGAUGCAGAAGGGCAUAAUCCAGCCACUGAUGGAACUGCUGCAGGCUCCUAGAAGAGAGGAGGAGAAGUCAGAGCUUUGGCUAAGAAAGGCCAGUGACUCUGCUUUCCUCCUUGUUUACACCUGGAUUGAGGUAGACACUUUGUUUGGUGUUAGCUGCAGUAAAUACGUGUCUCCAGCAGCUGAAGUUGCUGGUGUUGUUACUGCAUCAGCUGCAAGGCACAGUGGGACUUCAGUUUUCCUCCCUGGUGUGGAAGAGCAGUGCUGGGAGAGAGUCAUGGAACUUGCAAACAGUUUUGCCACUAGUAAAUAUUGCUUGGAACUGCUCACACUUCAGAAUAUGAAGACGAUUUUAAUGCAGACUGAAGCUGAUCUGAAGACUUUGCAGCAUGCUGCAGCUUUCAUCCUGGAGUCUGGGAGGUCCAUCAUGAGCAGGAGGGAAUCCGAACCGUGGGAUGGAGACAUCAGUGCAAUAAAUGAUCUCACCUAUCCCACUGCCCACUGGCACCUUGUCAUCUCCAACCUGACCAUUCUCUUGCCUUAUAUUUCCCUGAAGGAUGUAGAGUACAUUGCAGAUAUACUUCUAGAGACAUUAGUACUGGGCCAAGCUCAGGAAGCUGUCGCAGACCAGGAGCCUUCCAUCAGCAUUGAAAAGGUGUCUCUCAGUUUUAUAAAAAGCUCCUUUUUCCCAGAAAUGAAGGUCCUGCAUUGUGCUUUUCUGACCAGUCUUAUUCAUCAGGUCGCUGGAGUGCUGCCCUCUGCUGCUAAGGAUGCAGCAGAUCUGCCACUUCAACAGCUGUCUGCAGAUCGGAUUCCUUGGCACGAAGAAAUCCUGGCUCCUUGCAGACCUGUUAACCCAUUGGAAGCACCAUCAGAAAGCAAACUGCUGAAGGAUGAGCUCAGUUUGUCUUGGAAAACGCUGGAGAGAGUUGCCCAGUGUGUAGUAUUGUUAGCAAAAAGUGGCUGCCCUGUCAUCCUGAAAGAACACCAGCUAGAAAGAUGCUUAGGUCUGCUAGAAAUUGUUUCUUUUCUGAAGCUGGACAGUCUUCUUCCCUCUGAUUCUACCCGGUGUUUCCUGGUGCUGCUGUCCCUGAUAUCCAAUACCAGAGCUGGUGCCUCUUGCAGCAAGCUGCUGCUGCUGAAGUUUUUAAGUACCUGCUUCCACCUCCUGAGGUGCCUGCAAGCAGGCAGGAAUGCCAACUCUAUUUUUAAGGUGUUUCAUGCCAGUGAUGUUCUUGAGACUGUCAUGGGCUCCCAGCUUACAGCCAGUAAAGUCUUCACUGAUGUUCUGACUGUUCCUGUUUGGGCACAGUAUCUCCAGGAAGUCCAAGCCUUCUUGGAAAACUUUCUUCAGAUGAUUAUUGAAAGAAGGCAAAGUGUGAGGCUCAACUUGGAGAAGAUCAUGUCUUUCCUGAUGAGCUGCAAAGCAGAUGGUGCAGCCAAAAGCAAAGGCUGCAAAAAUUACAACCCUGCAGCUGGGCAGUUACUGCUCAUGGCAUUCACCACACUCUGUCAUGUGGUCACACUCUACCUUCAGCAGCUGCCAGAGAAGAAGCUGCAGUCUGCUGAUGUGCUGGCUGCUCUGUUGGAGCCAGUAGUUCUGCAGAUGGUCAGAACUGUUGAGCAUGGUCUUCAAAAUAACACCCAAACCCAGCCUUUGCCUCUGACAUUCAUACCAUCUGUCACGACCCUUCUCAAAGCAGACCUGAGCCAUGCUGUCAAGAAGGGCUGGCAAAAGGAGCCUGGUGGCUUUUUGGACCAACCCCGUGUUAAACUGUACCAGAAGUUUUACUCUCAGAUACUCAGAGAGCUGCCCUGUGCUGGAGAUAACCUGCGGUUCCUUCAGUCUGCCUUGCAGUUCCUUGUGGUCUUCUGCUCAGUGCCAGAGCUCUAUCCUGGGAAAGAAACUGCAGUUACUGUGGUUUUUGCCAUAAGGAAACUUCUCGCUGGUCCUGCAGUCACAACCCAGGUGAUCCAAAGUAUGGAGGUGGAGCUGACAGAGGUGCUUGUCCAGCUGCUGGGAAACUGCUCUGCUGAGGAGUUUUAUACCAUAAUGAAGCUGGUGCUGCAGGGACUUGAAGUGAAGAAUGUUUGGCAACAGAAUGCUAAAGAAGUACUCUCAGCUGUUACACUCACCAAACUGCUGCUCAGCUGCCCAUUAAGUGGAGACAAAGAGAAAGCUUUCUGGUUUGCCAGCCCACAGAUAAUCACAGCUUUAGCUAUGCAAACCAAAGAGGCCUGUCAGGACCAAUCACUGAUUUCCACCAUAGUUGUACCUAUUCUAGAGACUGUAGCAGCUUUGCUAAGGCAAGGAGAAGGGGUUCUCUUGAAUCCACACCACGUGGCACUGGCAUUCAGCAUUCUCCUUACAGUCCCUCUGGAUCAUCUGAAGACUGAGGAUUAUCAAGGUGUCUUCCUGGGAGUCCAUGAAGUGCUCUUCUCUAUUGUUCAGUGUCAUCCAAAGGUGCUCUUGAAAGCAGCACCAUCUUUUCUGAACAGUUUCCAUCGUCUGGUUGUUUCUGUCAUGCAUGAAGGACGUCAGAAAGGAGAUGGAGGUAGCACAGAGGAGCUGGAAGUUCCCCUGAGGUGCGCGCACUUGGUGGAGCGAAUGUACACUCACAUUGCUGCAGAAAUGGAGGACUUCACUGUGUUUUCUGCUUUCAUCGUGGCUCAGUAUGUGACUGAGCUGCAGAAGGUGACUUUGCACCCGGCUGUGAAGAACCAUCUCACAGAAGGGAUAUAUCAUAUCCUGGCCCUUUGCAUUGAAAGGGACAUCAAGUUCUUAAAUGUGUCACUACCAGCAGGUGUCAGGGAGGUCUUUAAGGAUCUGUAUGAGGAUUACAAGCGCUACCACAAAGCCAAAAAACAGGGGGAGGAAAAGUACACUGCCUGAUGUAUCCUGCCUGGUGCUGCUCCGGGUGUUUGGGGAUUGAUCUUGGCAGUGCUCAGAAAGUCCUUGGUGCUGCUUGGUUUGGGAUGAAUGGUCAAACCAGAUCUGAGGAGAGUCCUCUAGACAUGGUUUGCAUCUAUCUCUGUCUGGGGAGCAGGGGGAGAGGGAGGGAGGAUGUGCUGUUAGGCCUGGUCCUGCUGUGUGCUACAAAUGGCAGAAGUGCUGCACCUCUGCUGGCCCCAACAUGGGCUUGCUGGGAGCCCUGGGGACCUCGCUGUGGUCUGGCAGCAGAUGUCAGACCUCAGGCUUUGGCACAUCCUGGUGCUUUUCUGUGGGAAGCAAUAGUCUGGUGUAAAAGCCAGUGAAGGGUUAUAACUCUCUCGCUUACCUGAUAAGCAGAAUUAAAGCAGUUAAAGUGCUUAUUUUUGUACCCUGGUAUUUUACAUUUUUGUUACUGAAGAAAUAUGUGGAUGUUGGGCUGCCACGUGGUAGGCUAUUAUGCAAAAAACCUGGAAAUACAGUAAAAAAAUUUGAAACUU